AUUUAAAAUUAUCAACUAGGUUUUUUUAUUAAAAAAAAAAAAAAAUUAUUUUUUUUAUAGAGAAAUUCCAUAAUUCAAUAUGGUGGUCUCUCUUCAAAUAUUUUAUUUUAUCGCAUUAUCGUUCCUUCUCUCACUAGUGAUAACUCCUUUUUAUGUUUUUGAGCCAAAAACAACUCCAUUAGAAGACUCAACAAAUGUUGAGCUUCACGGAAAUUUUCUUCAUAUAACAGAUUUUCAUCCAGAUCCUAAUUACGUUUCUAACGUUACUGCAAGAUCAAGAUGUCAUGAAGUUUUUCAAGAUACAAAGAGACCAAAACAUAUGAAAAAAGGUAUAUCUGGUCCUUGGGGAGCUCCGGCAACCGUUUGUGAUUCUCCUUUUAGUCUUAUAGAUACAACUUUUGAGUGGUUAGAAAAUAAUUGGAAAAAUAAACUUGAUUUUGUUAUAUGGACCGGAGAUAAUGCUAGGCACGAUAAUGAUGAUAAUUUUCCUCGAAAACCAGAAGAAGUAUUCAUGUUAAAUCGUAUGAUAGCUGAAAAAUUUCUAAAAACUUUUGGUGACGAAAAUAAUUUUAGAAAAAAACGUGGUCCACAUUUCAUUCCUAUUAUACCAUCAAUAGGAAACAAUGAUAUUCAUCCUAAUAAUAUCAUUUCCUCAGGACCAAAUGAUGUUCUUACAAUACUUUAUAAUAUUUGGUCUCCUUUUAUUCCUAAAGGACAACAUAAAACUUUUCUUAAUGGAGGAUAUUUUUAUACAGAAGUCAUACCUAACAAACUUAUGGUUGUUUCAUUAAAUACGUUAUAUUUUUAUAAAGCUAAUACUGCCGUUAAUGGAUGUAAAGAAGCAGAUCAACCUGGUACAAUUGAAAUGAAAUGGUUGAAUGAUAUUUUGAAGAAAGCGCGUAAACGUGGAAUGAAGGUUUAUUUGACGGGUCACGUUGCUCCAAGAGCUAAACAAUAUACAAGAUCAUGUUAUAGAAGAUACGGACGAUUGGCAUUAAAGUUUCACGAUAUGAUAUUAGGACAUUUUUAUGGACAUUCUAAUAUGGAUCAUUUCUUCUUCAUUGAUGCCAAAUCUAUAAGGAGACGUACUCGAAGACGACGCAAGUUUCUCGUAGAUGAUGCAAAUAUAUACGAUGAUAAAGAAGAAGAUAUAUAUGAUGUCGAUGAUGACGAUAUCGAUGAUGAUGAUGACGAUGAUUAUUACGAUGACGAAGACGAGUAUGAGGAAGAAGAUGAGGAGGAAGAUGAUGACAAUGAUGAAAGUCUUGAAAUCAAAAGUCAAGAAGUUCAAAAAGAUGACGAUUGUGAUGAUGAUGAAGAAAAUGGAAAAGUUGAAACAAAUGUUUAUGAUAUUGACAACUAUACGAAGAGACUUAUUAAUCACUAUAAUAAAGUUCUUCCGCGUUCUAGAGAAUUCGUAGAGAAAGAAUAUGCUGUUAUACAUAUUAAUCCAUCUAUAAUUCCUACAUUCUUCCCGGCUUUGAGAAUAUUUAAGUAUAAUACAACUGUGGUAACAAAAGGAGAUAUAAAAGAAGAUACUAAAAAAGAUACAAUAGAUGAUGAUGUCGAUUCAACAAGAAGACGUAGAAGAGAUCGUUCCUCAGCCACAAACACUUUCUUGACGCCUUUAGGAUAUACGCAGUAUUUCAUAAAUCUCACUCAUGCAAAUUUAUAUCCAAACAUUACACCAGAAUAUACAAUUGAAUAUACUACAUGGGACGACUAUCAUAUGAAAGAUUUGACCGUUUCAAGUUGGCUUCAAUUAACACAAAAAAUUGUAAGUCGUGGCUUAAGAAGUUCUUUGUGGAAAAAAAUUCAAGAACAUUUAAUGGUAGGAACGAGAUCUUUAAUUAGAAGAAAAAAGAAGAAACAUUAUGAACCUGCAGAAAGUCGUGAAAAGGGUCCAGAAGAUUAUUUGGUUUCAGAACUUGCGUUUUAAAACCUUUUUGUAGAAAACCCUUUUUUUCCCUAAUUGUAGAUAUUUUAUUUUUUUUUUUAUUGAAAAAUCUUGUAUAUCCAAGUUUUUUUUAUAUAUAUAAUAGAGUAUUUAGAAUUUAUUUCAAGAUUUUAAUUCAUUUAUUACAUUAAACUCGCAUUGUAUUUAUAUCACAUUAUCAUAUAGAAUUUUUAAUUUCUUCAGAUUUAUUAAUUUCAUUUUUUACAAAAGACAACAAUAGAAUAAAAAAAACAUAUAAAUUAUUCUUGAAUCAAAAAAAAAAAAUUUAAAGUGAAAAAAUUUAUACAUGUACUUAAAAAGAAAUUGGUAAAAAGAUUUGUAUAAUCAUUUUUGUUGCACUCCAAAUUCGUUAUUUAAUAAUAAUAUGAAACCACGUUAUCUGUUAUUCUCGAAUCAUAAAAAAAAAAAAAUAACGGGAAGAAAUUUGUACGUGUGGUUAGCAUUUGUAUAGGUAAUCAUUUU